CUUCGCUUUGCGUGCGCGCUGCAGUUUCCUGUGAAGGCUUGAUGCAGGAGAGAGCCAUGGCGGCCACUGAGAUAGCUCGACAAGCGGGAGAAGGUGCACGUGGCGUCCCACUCUCUGGUCAUGUUGGCUUCGACAGCAUGCCGGACCAGCUGGUCAACAAGUCCGUCAACCAUGGCUUCUGCUUCAAUAUUCUCUGCGUGGGCGAGACGGGUUUGGGAAAGUCCACCCUCAUGGACACCCUGUUCAACACCAAAUUUGAGGGUGAACCUACACAGCACAAUCAGCCUGGAGUUCAGCUCAAAUCCAAGACUUACGAGCUGCAGGAGAGCAACGUUCGUCUCAAGCUCACUGUCGUCAACACUGUAGGCUUUGGAGAUCAGAUCAACAAAGAGGACAGUUACAAAUCUAUUGUGGAGUUCAUCGAUGCUCAGUUUGAAGCAUACCUUCAGGAGGAACUGAAGAUUAAACGCACCCUACACAGUUAUCAUGAUACACGGAUCCACGCCUGUCUGUAUUUCAUUGCUCCCACUGGACACUCACUAAAGUCCCUUGACCUGGUUACUAUGAAGAAGUUGGACAGUAAGGUGAAUAUCAUCCCUAUCAUUGCCAAAUCAGAUGCCAUCUCAAAGAGUGAACUUGCUAAGUUCAAAAUUAAGAUCACAAGUGAGUUGGUGAGCAAUGGCGUCCAGAUAUACCAGUUUCCCACUGACGAUGAGACUGUGGCAGAGAUCAACUCAACUAUGAAUGGUCAUUUGCCUUUUGCAGUGGUGGGAAGCACUGAGGAAGUGAAGAUUGGGAACAAGAUGGUGCGAGCACGCCAGUACCCUUGGGGAACUGUCCAGGGUAAGUGCUGGUCACGUCUUCUAAAGGAAAUGACACUAAGCUCUUCCCUCUGUUUGGCCCUGGCCUCUUUGUUCAGGACAUCCAAACCCAUCCCGUCCCUCUCUUUCUGCAGCCUUCAUGAAAAGUUUGACCGUCUCAAGAAGCUUCACCAGGAUGAGAAGAAGAAACUAGAGGACAAGAAGAAGGCUCUUGAUGAUGAGCUAAACGGCUUCAAGCAGAAGAAGACGGCUGCUGAGCUGCUGCAGGCCCAGACCCUGCAGGCAGGGAGCUCCGCCACACUCAAGAAGGAUAAAGAGAGGAAAAAUAAUCCCUGGCUCUGCACUGAGUAGUAUGGCUUUGAUAAGGGACCAGGCCCAGACUCUUUGGUUAACCGGUACCCCGAGGCUAAGGGGAGGCAGUGUGGACCAAGCCCUCUGCGUUUCUUAUAAAUCACCUCUUGUAUUUUGAUUUUUGGGCUCUUUCUGCAGCUUUUACUAACAUUUGUAUUUAUUGUGUUACCAAAACCUUUGCUUAAGGCUGUGCUUUUUUUUUGCGGUGUGUGAUUUUUGAUGCUUUGUGUGACUAAUAUUCUUAAAGGGAAUAGUUCACCCAAAAAUUUAAGUUUGCUAAACCUUUAAUCACUUCAGGCUAUCCAGGAUGUAGAUUAAUCUGUUUCUUCAUCAGAACAGAUUUGGAUAAGUUGCCAUUACAUCACUUGCUCACCA